ACGGAAUAGGAGCCUGAGAGAGCGUGAGACAGACAAGGGAGACAGACAGACACUCUGGGGAUUGAGAGGAUCCGCGGGGAAUAGGAGCGUUUAGGAUUUGAUGUAUUGUGCAGAAGGAGCAUCACAGUUGUAAGGAUGCUGGUUGUAGGACUCCCAAUAAGGACGUGGUGUCCUCUGCUCUUCCUGGUGUUGGCUGUACAUUUCCCAGCUCCUGCCCAGGGUCAAGUUCCGGCUCCCAGAAGAUUACGUUUUAAAGUCCUGGGUACGAGCAAAUUACAUGUAUCGUGGAAAGAGCCAAAAGGGAACGUUGACGGCUACAGAGUUUUAUACAACAGUGAACCAGGCGAAGAGGAGAAGGAGCUGCGUGUUUCUCACGGGGAUAAUAAAGUGGUGAUACAGGACUUUGACGCCAUGAAGGAGUACCACGUCAGGGUUCUAGCAGUGAGUGGGAACCAGCAAAGCAGAGCACUACAAGGGAAGUAUGCAGCUCAAGACCUGGAGGGUGAGGACGGAGAGGCUGAGGGCACAUUGCCUCUGAGACUUGAUGACACUGGAGGGGCUGAAGACAUCAACGAGAUAUCUGGAG